CCAGCUCUGUCGCAUCACAGACAAAAGCGGAAAUUCGCUGAGAAGUUCAAGUUUCUUUAAGUAUUUAUUCAAAAAAUUCAAAAUGAGGGAAUGCAUUUCAGUUCACAUUGGCCAAGCUGGUGUCCAGAUCGGCAAUGCCUGCUGGGAGCUUUACUGUCUGGAGCACGGAAUCCAGCCUGACGGUCAUAUGCCCUCUGACAAGACCGUGGGCGGAGGCGAUGAUUCCUUCAAUACCUUCUUCAGCGAAACUGGAGCCGGCAAGCACGUGCCCCGUGCCGUCUUCGUGGAUCUGGAACCGACUGUGGUGGAUGAGGUGCGCACAGGCACCUAUCGCCAGCUGUUCCACCCAGAACAGUUGAUCACCGGCAAGGAGGACGCGGCCAACAACUACGCUCGCGGCCACUACACCAUCGGCAAGGAAAUUGUCGACUUGGUGCUGGACAGGAUCCGCAAGUUGGCCGAUCAGUGCACCGGACUGCAGGGCUUUCUGGUGUUCCACUCCUUCGGCGGAGGCACUGGCUCAGGCUUCACCUCGCUGCUCAUGGAGCGUCUGUCUGUAGACUACGGAAAGAAGUCCAAGCUGGAGUUCUCGAUCUACCCGGCACCCCAAGUGUCCACUGCUGUGGUAGAGCCAUACAACUCCAUUCUGACCACCCACACCACCCUGGAGCACUCGGACUGCGCCUUCAUGGUCGACAACGAGGCCAUCUACGACAUCUGCCGGCGCAACUUGGAUAUCGAGCGUCCCACCUACAUGAAUCUGAAUCGCCUAAUUGGCCAGAUCGUUUCCUCUAUCACGGCCUCUUUACGCUUCGAUGGCGCCCUCAAUGUGGAUCUCACCGAGUUCCAGACCAAUUUGGUGCCCUACCCACGCAUUCACUUCCCCCUGGCGACAUACGCUCCAGUCAUUUCCGUCGAGAAGGCCUACCACGAGCAAUUAACCGUCGCCGAGAUCACCAACGCCUGCUUCGAGCCCGCCAACCAGAUGGUGAAGUGCGAUCCCCGUCGCGGCAAGUACAUGGCCUGCUGCAUGCUCUACCGCGGUGAUGUGGUGCCCAAGGAUGUGAACGCCGCUAUUGCCACGAUCAAGACCAAGCGAUCCAUCCAGUUCGUCGACUGGUGUCCUACUGGCUUCAAGGUGGGCAUCAACUACCAGCCACCCACUGUUGUCCCGGGCGGAGAUCUUGCCAAGGUACAGCGGGCCGUCUGCAUGCUGUCCAACACCACUGCCAUCGCAGAGGCCUGGGCCCGUCUGGAUCACAAGUUCGAUCUGAUGUACGCGAAGAGGGCUUUCGUCCACUGGUACGUCGGCGAGGGCAUGGAGGAGGGCGAGUUUGCUGAGGCUCGCGAGGAUCUGGCUGCCCUCGAGAAGGACUACGAGGAGGUGGGCAUCGACUCGACCACCGAAUUGGGCGAAGAUGAAGAGUACUAGAACUGCAGUACUUCAAAAAACUGGA